ACUGCCAUAUACGACACGCGGCCGCCUCUGACGGACCGAAAAUGACGCUGCAGGCGAUCAAAUGGGAAAACAGCAAGCUGGAAAUCCUCGAUCAGAUACUGUUGCCGGCGAUCACCCGAUACGUCCCCGUCAAAGGCGUGGAGGAUGGCUGGAAAGUCAUCAAUAAGAUGCAAGUUCGAGGUGCACCGGCUAUAGCCAUUGUGGGAUGUUUGAGCUUGGCCACGGAACUGAAGAAUGAGAAUCAUAUGGACAAAAAGAGUCUUCGACAGGAUGUUGAAGGUAAAUUAAAUUACUUGGUGUCUGCUCGUCCUACUGCCGUUAAUAUGAAGAUUGCAGCAGAUGAAUUAAUUCAGUUGGCCAAUAAACUUAGUAAGGAUGAGAGUGUUAAUGUUGCGGAAAUGAAGGAGAGGUUUUUCAAGGCUAUAGAAGCUAUGUUGGAGAAAGAUAUUGCAGACAAUAAGGCUAUUGGUGAUUUUGGAGCCCAAGAAAUUUUGAAGCAUGCAUCUGGGGAUAAUUCUGUCAGGGUUUUGACACAUUGUAACACUGGCAGCCUUGCAACAGCAGGUUAUGGCACAGCUUUAGGUGUUAUUAGAUCCCUUCAUAAGCAAAAUAGUCUUGAACAUGCAUACUGUUCCGAAACAAGGCCAUACAAUCAGGGAGCAAGGUUAACUGCGUAUGAACUGGUGUAUGAAAAAAUUCCUGCCACUCUGAUCUGCGACGAUAUGGUUGCAGCGUUGAUGAAAUCUAGAAAUAUAUCCGCCGUCGUUGUCGGUGCAGACAGGGUAGCGGCCAAUGGGGACACGGCCAAUAAAAUAGGAACUUACCAGAUCGCCAUAGUUGCUAAGUACCACAACGUACCUUUUUACGUAGCGGCCCCACGGACCUCUAUAGACUUCAGCAUUCCUAGCGGCGACCACAUUAUUAUUGAGGAGAGGCCAGAAAGGGAAAUGACUCACAUGAAUGAUCAACGAAUCUCGGCACCUGGAAUUCUAUGCUGGAAUCCAGCGUUCGACGUAACACCGGCUAGUCUUAUCAAGGGCAUCAUCACGGAAGUCGGGGUAUUCAGACCCGGAGAUUUGACACAGUUGAAAAAUUACGAGAACUCAUAAAGAAUGGAUUUACCCGGCAACGGAAGUUGUCCGAUGCAUUUAUAAAGGAUUAAUCAGUGAUUCCAGUGUUAUGAAAUUGUUGACUGGCCUUGUUUAUUUAAAACUUCGUGUUACAAUAAAAUUGUUGGCAGGUUACGCUUAUUUAAAACGUUAAGUCUACUAAGGAGGUGCAGCAAAAAUGUAUCGCACCAUGGACGUACGUGUUUGCGUUUGGAAAAUGCCUUAUUAACUUCGCUGUGAUUUUUAAGAAUACAUUUAUAGUGAUAAAUAUCUCGAACGAAUG